AUGACAUCUUCCAAACCGAAUACGAGCAACACCGGAUUGUCCAUAAGCCUGCAUCCUCUUCCCAUCCUGAACAUCUCCGAACAUUACAUGCGAAAUUCUCUACGUCGAGGUUCUGAAAAGACUUAUGGAGCUCUUCUAGGAACCCAAUCCGGCCGAGAAGUCUCGGUGAUCAACACAUUCGAGCUCAAGUUGGCCGUCGCGGACGUCGAUAUGGACGCCAAUACCGGUGAUGGAGAAAAUGCGACUGCAAGCGGGAACGGUAGCGCUAGUACGGGCGGUAGUGGUGCUGGAAGUGCAAGUGCAAGUGGAAGUGGGGGUUCUUUGAUGGAUAUGGAAUUUCUGGAGAAACGUCGUGGACAAUACAAGGAAGUCUUCCCCACCUUGGAUAUCGUUGGAUGGUAUUCCAUCGGAGAAGAACCUACAGGUGACGAUUUGGGAUUGCAUAAACAGUUCUUACCUAUCCUCGAGACCCCUCUCUUCCUACUGAUGACCCCACCCUCCGCGUCGUCCAGUACCAAAUCCACCUUCAACUCCUCCGACCUCCCUCUCCGAAUCUAUGAGUCUGCCCUCGCCCAACCCCAAGAUGCAAACAAUACGAAAGCGGCUCCCUUUUUGGAACUGGGCUACACGGUCGAGACGGGGGAAGCUGAAAGGAUCGCCGUGGAUGGGGCUGUCAAGGCUGUUGCCGGUGGUGGGGAAGGUAGUGGGGAGCAGGAUGGGGUUGGUGAUGAGGGUUUGGUAGCGCAUCUGAAUACACAGAGGAAUGCCAUCAAGAUGUUACACGAUCGGAUGGUCGUCCUCCUCAACUACAUCAGCGGAGUCAUCAGAGACUCGACAAUGAAGAUGGACCAUCAGGUCGUCCGCGAAAUCUCGGCGCUCGUUUCUGGCCUGCCGGUCAUGUCGGAUCAAGACUUUCAAUUGGAGUUCUUGACCGAGUAUACGGAUACCCAGUUGAUGGGUUACCUGGCUAGUCUGACGAAACAAGUCGCUGGGCUGAACGAUCUCACCGACAAGUUUGCCCUGAUCUACGGUCGGACCGAGGACAAGCCUGGCGCCGGACCUGCCAUGAUGGGUAUGAACAUCGGUAUGGGAGGCGGGUCGGGCGCUGGUAAGAAGGGUGGACAGAGGACGAGACGCGGUGGCAGGUGA